AUGGCUUCCCGCCAAACUGGAUCAGAGUCCAAUGAACCCCAGGCAGAGCACAAGGAAGGACUGGACGACGGAAUGCUCGAAUUAAGUCGGGCGUUGGAUAAUCUCUAUGCCUCCUCCCGGAGCGCAUCCGGGCCGCACUCGGCAGCCGCGAUACUAUCCAAAAAGAUCUCUGAAACUUCCCCUGAUGACCCUGACAAGCCGGAUGGACCGACUGAGAAGGUGGAGAAGAAGACGACUCCCCCAAGUGCUCCAUCUUCUGGUGUUCUGGCGCACGCUGCGGCCUUUGACGGCCGGCUGGCGCUCGUUGAGGCUGCGAUGGGCAUCUCCAGCUCCUCGAACCCCUUCAUCGCCGAUGGGAGCUCGGAUGUACCACUCCAGCCCGUCCUACCGGCUCUAGACCACCUCACGUCCCGUCUGACUACUCUAAUGAACAUUCUUGUCGGCCCGGCUCCUGUCUCGGCGGUCCCAACAAUAGGUUCCGCUCCACCUUCAACAACCGUGUCGACACCUCAUCUCGAGAAUCUGUCGACCCGCGUGAGAAAGCUAACCGCCGACACCGAAGCUCUCGCAUCCGCACGCAAGCGCGCCGUCGAUGCCGCUAAGGCUGCGCAAAAUGCUCGCAUCGCUACCGCAGCUCUCGAACCCUCCGACAUGUCCGUGUCCUCCUCAUCCGCCACAGAAGUCGACCCCGCAGCGACCCAACGUGAUGAGCAAGCCACGAAGGUCCAAGCUCUCUACGCCACCUUACCAACCAUUCAAUCCCUCCACCCCAUUCUCCCCAGCGUCCUGGAACGACUUCGCUCCCUCCGCGCCAUCCACGCAGGCGCCGCUCAAGCCUCUGAAUCCCUUGACGAGCUGGAACGACGCCAAGCCGACAUGGCGCGGGAGAUCGACCAAUGGCGCGAGGGGCUGCAUGUUGUUGAAGAAAAGAUGAACCAGGGAGAGGCGGCUUUGAAGAGCAAUAUCGCGCUUGUUGAGCCCUGGGUGCGUGAUUUGGAGGCUAGAUUGGAUCGAUUGGAAAGUAAGGAGGCAUGA